AUGUUAAAUGCGCUAAGAUCACUAAAACCACCAUCCCCUGUUCCUGUUUUUUCACCAAAAAAUCCAUACAAUUUUACUAGCCGAAAUAAAACUUGUGGGAUUAGAUUUCAGCAAACUGCUGCAACUGGGAAUCAAGAAGAUAUGGAGAAGGAUCAAUCCCAAAUGAAGCAUCCAAGAGAAGAAAGUAUGGCUUCUUUUGGUGAAGGGUAUGCAACAAGGUCUGAUGAAGAAGGAUUUGGAGGGGUUUAUGGAGGAAAUCAAGAACUUCCCAAAAAGGAUGAAGAGAAACAUGUUCAUGAGAAAGUCCCUGAUUUUGAUACUAGCCAAGGGAGUGAAGUGAAAGAGAAGGAAAAAGCUCGUCACCAGAAGGAAUCAGCGACCUAA